CUUGUCAAAUGGCAAAGUUUUGAAAUCAAAAGAAAUUCCGCUCCCAAUGGUUGUGUAAAAUGUUUAUGUAAUUAUAAUUGUAGUUCAAGAAAGUAGUUUACGAAAAUCGUGCUGAAAAUGGAGCUGGUGCCCAUGGAAAUAUUAGAAUUAAUUUUAUCGAAUCCAGUUUUGAGCAUAAGGGAUGUUAUUAAUUUUUCCACAACUUGUCAUUAUUACAGAGAAUUGGUAGUAUUUAACAACAGCCUGUGGAAACAGAAAUUUAAGAGCGAGUGGCCCGAAAUUUUGGGUAUGCUGGAUAAUGAUUCACCGGACUACUACAAGGAAAUAAUUUAUAUUCAUCAGUUGUACAAAUACAUUGAACAAAAAUUAGAGUUGAUGCCUAGUAAAUUUUGUAAAAAAUAUGAAAUAUCUGAGUGUGAGUUGGAGGAAUGGACACUUCUUUUGAGUGAAAAACGGGAGAACUAUUAUUAUCUUGUUGACUACUUGAUGAAGAUUGUGAAUAGUACCGAAGAAAUCAAUAGUGUUGAUGUGGUACCCCUAAAUUUUAGUACACCCGGUAAUAAGACCCAACAAUAUUAUGCAGGAAAAGUUUUGAGGCACAUAAGGCAGGUAUAUUUAUCCAAAGAAUGGACAGUAUUCAAAUCUCUGAAUCGAAGAGAGCAACUCUUAGAGGAUGGUGCUAUAUUUGUUGCUCAGUGGUGUCAACCUCAUCUUGAGAUAUCUCGUAAGACCAUCUGUCCUAAACUUGAUAAAAUAGCAAAUGCAGUUAAAAGAAAGUUGAAAAUUGUCUAUCCAAACCACAGAAUUUUUAACGUAACUCAAGAAGUGUUGGAGAAGUGGAGAAAAUAUAAUUUGGAAUCGCAUCAAUGGACAACUCCUGAAUGUCAACAGAUUAUGCAAGUUCUGAAGGAGGUGCUAUUCGAGGAUAUGAGAUUCAAGGGAAAUAAUAUUGCCUAUUAUAUGCCCCAGAAUUCCUACAUAAAUGAGGUUCUGGACUUCAAACAAGGUUUGCCUAUCACUCUAUCCAUAAUAUAUGAAGCAGUAGCAAGAAGACUUGGAAUAUUCUGCCAACCUAUAAAUUUUCCAUCGCAUUUUUUACUGCGAUAUUCAGAGAACGGCCAAGAUUGGUACCUAUUAGAUGUUUACAAUGGUGGAAAAAUUAUCAAAAGGCCAACAGGAAAUCAUGAUUUGAAUAAUUUGAUGACCAGUCCUGUGGAAGUUGUAGAAAGGAUGGCGAAUAACUUAGAAGUGUCCGCAAGACAGCAUACUCAGGUUAAUGGGAGAGUGACUAGACUGAGAUCAAGUUUGGAACUUCUGAAAUUAGUUAAUCCUCGAGAUAUUUCAUCUUUAGUCAGCUUAUCUAGACUGUACAUGCUUCACAGUAUGGAUACUCGUUCUCUAGAGACGUUUCUUCUUGGUGAAGGGUUUCAGGGAUCGCAACAAGCUCAGAGACUUGUGCACAUGCUCAGAAAUCACGAAUCCCACCCGUCCCGUUCGAGGAACGAGCAAACUGGUCCCGUGGUACCAGAAGAAAGGACGCCAGAGUUGAAAUUCGCCGUGGGCAUGAUCAUGACUCAUCUGGCGUUGGAUUACAAAUGCGUCAUUUACGAUUGGGACAAGGAGUGUAAAGCUUCCGUGGAUUGGCAGGAGCAGAUGCACGUCGAUCUCCUGCGUUACGGCAACAAACAGCCUUUCUACAACGUUCUAGUUGAAGAUGGAUCUCAUAGAUAUGUAGCUCAGGAAAACCUCCAACCGACUUGUGAAACUGGAUUCCUAUACCUGAAUGAGGACAUCGGACGAUAUUUUUCGCAUCAUUAUAAAACACACUAUGUGCCAAACGCUAAUAAAGAAAGUGAAUAUCCCUACGAUAAAGAACUAAGGUUGAGAUAUCAUGAUGGAUUCAUGAAUAUGCAAAUGGAGACGUGACUCUUGUGGAACCUGAAAUCAUUUGUGAGUUCGACUUUUGAUGAAUUCUCUUUGUUUUCUCCCUCUCGAGGAUGUUUCAUAUAUCCAUAUGUUUCCUAAUCAUUCACAGGAAGUGUACAUUUUUUCUGCUGAAAGCAAAUAGAUUCUGAUGAGUAUGGGGCCAUUUUAGGUUCUGUGGAGGCUUUUGUUUUGAUGCACUUCAAUACUCAAGAAAACAUGAAAUUUUUAGGAGGCAUGUGGUAUCCAUGUAAACUAAUGGCAUAAACUUCAUAUAUAAAGUCAAAGAUUCACAUUGAGUUUCACAAACUGCAUUAAAAACCGAGUGAUAAUGAAAAUUGCACAAUGGUGCCGUGAUAGUCAACAUAACUAUAUUUAUACAUUUCCCUUAGAGUUCAGUUCAUACAUGCAUUUUGAUUUUGAAAAUAUAAAUCGUGAUAAAAAAAUUCGGAUUAACACUUUUGAAAUGGUGGUAAUCCUUUAGGUUAACCCUAGGGCUUUGAGAAAUUUUUAUGAAUUAGUGGUUUUGGAAUCAGCUGGAAUUUUACUUUCCAGCUCAAGUAAAUUUAAAUUCAACAAAUGUUGUAUCGGUUUAUAUAUUUUUAUUACUAUUUGUUCGUUUUGAAAUGUUUUAUAAACGUUGAAAGAAACAAUUGCAAAUUUUACAUGUGUGAGCAUUUUAAUUGGUGAUAAUUCAAUAAAAACUUUUUAUUGUG